UAAACCCCGCCUAUUCCUAAAAUGCGAUGUAAACCCUAAAUUGAGCCACACUGCUAGCCGUAUGCCUAAUAUUAACCUUUAAAUUAAGACAACAAAAAAAACAUGUGAUAUAACCUAUUUUUACUUUGUGUGUGUGAUAACUAGUGACAACCAGUCCUCAGCGAGAACCUGGAGCAUCUCAAGAUGGCGGUCGAACGGAGGAUGAGGAUGAUAUCGGGUCGGGGUUGUGUGUCUGUGUUUCUGGCGGUGUUGUGCACCUUCUCCGUCGGGACCUGCGACGAACAGGUGCCGCUGAUGCUAUGGACGAGUGAAGGGUCUGGUCUGCCGUCCCAGGCUGUUCCUGCUGCUGGUCACAUAGUGGGUGUCACUCAGCUGAGCUCAUACCUGGAGACCGCCCUGGGGUCCGCCCCGCGCAACGUACUGCUCUUCCUGCAGGACAAGAUGAGCAUUGAGGACUUCACCAUGUACGGAGGGGCGUUUGGCAACAAGCAGGACAGUGCCUUCCCUAACCUUGAGGGGGCGCUCCUCUCCAGCCCUUCCCCAUUGGUCCUGCCUGCCGUGGCCUGGCCAGCAUCCAGUGCUGUGAUCGGUCAACUCCAGGACCAAUUAGACACCUCUCCUCUCUACAUGGAACCAGAGACACUCAGCCAGCUACGACUCAACGCAUCUACCCCCGCCCUGCUGGUCUUCAGACUACCCUACAGCACCGGAUCUGAUCUGAUGUCUGCUAAGGAGGUUCUCAAUGGAAAUGAUGAGGUGAUUGGACAGGUGAUGAGCAUUAUGAAGAGCCAGUCUGUCCCCUACACUGCCGUCUACACUGCAAUGAGACCCUCACGGGAGGUGUCACCAUCUCUGUCUAUGGAUAUGGAGGCUGGUGUGGGAGGAGGGCGCUCCCUAUUGCAGUACGGAGACAGAAAGAGGGAGAGAGACAGACAGCGGGAGAGAGAAAGAGGAGAGAAACUAGUCAAGGAGAAGACAGGAGUCUACCCUCCAGUUGAGUUUAAGGAGGGCGGAGCCGGCUGUAUCAUGCUGUGGGCGGAGAACCUGACCGUGAGCGUGCUCCGUGGUGGUCGUUGGGAACGACACGACCUCACCUCUCUGACCUUUGGCGAGGGCGUGACCCCUAGGCUCCAGGGCUCCCUCUGCAACCAAUCACACUCCAGUCUGGUUCUAAACUAUGAGAAUAUCCUGGGACACCGUUCCUUCAAACUAGUGUUUGCCAUGUCCCAGCGCCACUACAAGGUGUCAGCUCGCCGCUGGUUCACGCUAGACGCCGUGGAGAUAGAAUACGACGGUCAGAAAGCAAUGUUUAACGGGAGCCGUAACGUGUACGCGCCGGCUGAGUACUCCUACCGCUGUCAGUCAGUCACUAACUUCAGAUACCCCCUGCUGGUUCCGCGCACCUCCAAAGACCCUGCUAACCAGUGGAGGGUCUCCUUCACUGACUUCCAGAUCCAGGGUUUCAACGUGGCAGGGGGAGAGUUCUCCUAUGCCAGUGACUGUGCAGGGUUCUUCAGUCCUGGUAUCUGGAUGGGACUGCUCACCAGUCUACUGAUGCUCAUGGUCCUGACCUACGGCCUCCAUAUGAUCAUGCAGCUACACACCAUGGACCGUUUUGAUGACCCCAAGGGACCUGCUAUCUCCGUACCACAGACUGACUAACACACAUACCACAAGCAAAUAAUGUCCCAAACACACACAGACAGACAGACAGACAGACAGACAGACAGACAGACAGACAGACAGACAGACAGACGUGGUCCCAGACAGACAGACAGACAGACGUGGUCCCAGACAGACAGACGUGGUCCCAGACAGACAGACAGACGUGGUCCCAGACAGACAGACAGAUGUGGUCCCAGACAGACAGACAGAUGUGGUCCCAGACAGACAGACAGAUGUGGUCACAGACAGACAGACAGACAGAUGUGGUCCCAGACAGACAGACAGACGUGGUCACAGACAGACAGACAGACAGACAGAUGUGGUCACAGACAGACAGAUGUGGUCCCAGACAGACAGACAGACAGACAGCUGUGGUCCCAGACAGACAGACAGACAGAUGUGGUCCCAGACAGACAGACAGAUGUGGUCCCAGACAGACAGACAGACAGACAGACGUGGUCCCAGACAGACAGACAGACGUGGUCCCAGACAGACAGACAGACAGACAGACGUGGUCCCAGACAGACAGACAGACGUGGUCCCAGACAGACAGACAGACAGACAGGGUCCCAGACAGACAGACGUGGUCCCAGACAGACAGACAGACAGACAGGGUCCCAGACAGACAGACGUGGUCCCAGACAGACAGACAGACAGACAGACGUGGUCCCAGACAGACAGACGUGGUCCCAGACAGACAGACAGACAGACGUGGUCCCAGACAGACAGACAGUGGUCCCAGACAGACAGACAGACAGACAGACGUGGUCCCAGACAGACAGACUCUGUGGUCACAGAGGGAUGAAUAUUUAUGGUAGAGAAGGGAGGAAUCUGUUACUGAGGGGAAUAAGGGAUGAAUAUUUAUGGUAGAGAAGGGAGGAAUCUGUUACUGAGGGGAAGGAGGGAUGAAUAUUUAUGGUAGAGAAGGGAGGAAUCUGUUACUGAAGGGUGUCAGUCUAUCCAUCAUUCCUGUCUUUGUCAUUUUGGUGUGAAGGCUGAUAUUACAUGCUGCUGUUCUUUAGUGAAUACAGCCCAUGUUGUAAACACUGACUGAAAUGGAAUUAAACAGUGACUUCAAUAAGGGAUCAUAGCUUUCACCUGGAUUCACCUGAUCAGUCGCUGUCAUGGAAAAGAGCAGGUGUUCUUAAUGUUUUGUACGCUCAGUAUAUAUGUAUUGUGUUUGACCUUGUGAUUGUAUCUUUAUCGUAGCCUAGGUUAGUAGCGUAUAGGUUAACUAGGGCCACGUCUGAAAUGGCACCCUAUUCUGUAAAGUGCCGUCUGAGACGUGACCCAGGUUUCACUAAAGUUGUUUAAUGUGUGCAGUAUGACAGGGAGUUACUCUAGGCUCCAACAGGGGACUAAAGGGUUACUGUGAGAGGAGGUUGAGGCACGGAGACGAACCAGACGGGGGUCAGAGGUUAGGGUUAGAUGACCUACCUUGUUUACUGAUUUCAAGUUGUUCUGUGGUUUAUAUGAGUUGUUAGAGGAAGGCUUGUCUUGUCGAGUCAUGAUAUCAUUAUGGUUCAUAUAUUCUAAUAUUAGUAGUGUCCUGUGUGACUGUCAUGGUGCUGCUGUGAUUAACCCCAAUAAAGCCUUGAAUGAACAACGUCAA